AGCGCCGCAGGGUUGGCUCCCAAAGGGAUGCUCUCGCCACAGUGGCGAGAUCAACCCCGCUCGCCCCUCGCAGGCGCCGCGCCGCACCCGCCGACCUCCACCGACAUGGCUCUGUACUGCGGCGACAACUUCGGCGUGUAUUCGCAGUCCGGCCUGCCCCAGCCCGCAGCCGCAACCCCGGGCGCGCAGCCCGCCUCCAGGGCGCCCUACGGGCUGGCGGACUACAGCGCGCCUUCCGCCGCCGCCGCCGCCAACCCCUACCUGUGGCUCAACGGGCCGGGCGUGGGCGCCGCGCCAGCCGCCGCCGCCGCCUACCUGGGCGCCCCGCCGCCCGCGCCGCCCCCGCGGGGCUCAGCCGGGCCCUUCCUGCAGCCGCCGACCACCGCCGGCACCUUCGCCUGCGCUCAGCGGCCCCUCGCUCAGCCUGUGCCCACAGGGUCUGCGGCGCCUGCCACGCCUUCGGCUCCCUGCGACCUGGGCUGGUUGUCCAUGGCCAGCCGCGAGGAUCUGAUGAAGAUGGUGCGGCCGCCCUACUCGUACUCCGCACUCAUCGCCAUGGCCAUUCAGAGCGCACCUGAGCGCAAGCUCACCCUCAGCCACAUCUACCAGUUCGUGGCCGACAGCUUCCCCUUCUACCAGCGCAGCAAGGCGGGCUGGCAGAACUCCAUUCGCCACAACCUGUCGCUCAACGACUGCUUCAAGAAGGUGCCCCGCGACGAGGAUGACCCUGGAAAAGGUAAUUACUGGACCCUGGAUCCAAACUGUGAGAAAAUGUUUGACAAUGGGAACUUCCGACGGAAGCGAAAGCGCCGCUCUGAGGCCAGUAGCAGCUCCACGGUGGCUGUGGGAACAUCAAAAUCAGAAGAGGGUCUCUCCGCAGGAUUGGGGUCUGGAGUGGGUGGGAAGCCAGAAGGAGACAGCUCCUCAGCUUCGCUAAGGUCUUCCCAGUCCCCAGAGCCUCCGGAGAGCACAAAGAGUACUGUCCCCUCUCCAGGAGGGCCCAUGCUCACCUCUACCCCUUGCCUCAAUACCUUCUUCAGCAGCCUCAGCACCUUAAGUGUGAGCAGCAACGGGAGCACCCAGCGAGCUAUCCCUGGCAGUCACCACCUAGGGAUGAUCCAGGGGGCCCACCUGCCCUCCAGCAGCACAUUCUCCACCAGUGUCAUCCCAGAAGCCUCAUCAGACACCUUGCAGCUAAAUAACAGCAACGGCAGCAGCCAAAGAUCUUCCUAUUACGGUCCUUUCCCUGCCAGCACCGGUGGGGGGCAGAGCAGUCCCUUCAGCCCUGCUUUCUACAACUUCAGCAUGGUCAACAGCCUCAUUUACCCCCGGGAGGGCUCUGAGGUAUAGAACACAACUUUUUAGAGUUGAACAUGCACACCUGAGAUCUUGUUUAAAACACAG